AUGUUCCUCCAACGUUACGUUCACGUUGUACUUGAUGCGGUCUUAGGGAGUUACGUAAAAGAUAUUGAUCCAACAACGUUACAAAUCAGUGUCUGGAAUGGCAAGAUCCAAGUGGACGCUGUCGAGCUCCAACCGGAUGCCUUUACCCUGCCAAAACAGAUUCAAUUCCUCAAAGGAACGCUUCGACACGUUUGUAUUGAUUUACCAUGGACAAAUCUCGCUCAUCAGCCCAUUUGUAUUGAUAUACAAGAUGUAAAUCUAUUAUUUCAAGUGAUUGAAGACGAUCGGACGUCUUGUUACGAUGACAAACAUUCCGGAGAAGAAAAACAACGACAUGCUCAGAAAAAGAGACGACAGACUUUACAACGGAAACGUGCAGCUCUAAAUGCGGUGGAAAAAGCACGAGAAUUUAAUGAGAAAAACAAGACACGGACCAGGACGAAGCAAAGCUGGACAGAGAGUUUUUUAGUCAAAUUAGUGGUCAACGUUUUGGAUAAAGUGCAAGUUCAUGUCCAACAUUUACAUUUACGGAUGGAAGAUGCUGUUUCGGAUGCUGAACGACCAUAUGCGGUAGGGAUGACAUUGGAAGCUAUUAUUAUUAAAUCAGCUGAUGAAGGAUGGAAUUUUACAAUGGUUGGAAGAGGUACGACGCAACAGGAUGGGAAUGGAGGAGGCGUUUCUUUUAUCAGGAAGAAAAUGGAUAUCAAUAAAUUUGGCAUUUAUUUGUCAUUACCAUUGGUACCAGUGCCUCUAACGGUGUUGAAGGAUGCAGAAGCAUUUGCAACGUUGAUGAGGAGCAGUUUUGAGUUUCUCGAGAGAAAAAGACAGCCCGUUGCAGUCGCACCGACGCUGUUGCAUCCUGAAGCUGAUACGAUACGGCCGAGACUGUUCAAGUCGAGUGACUAUAUCGUGCACCCGUUGACGGUCUCAAUGAAGCUGACGGUGAAUGAUGGUAAUGCCAAGUUGCCCUUUACGCAUCAAGAGCUGAGUGAACGUGUGCUGUCAAGGCUUGGGACGCCGUGGAUGGUCGACACGAUUGACGCUAUUGGCGAUGACGCGUGGAAGGAGUUUGUGGAGAUGAUGCCUAAACUGGCAGGAGGACGCAAGUAUACGCUAGGAUUUGUGUUUUCGGAGGCUUGGUCGGUGGCGAGAGACCUCACGGAAGAAGAGGACGAGAUUCCAUCGGUGCAGCAGUUUAAAGAAGCUUUGUCAAGCUGCAUGCAAUGGUCUUUGGAAGAGGUCGAUCGUGUCGAGCAUUGCAUUGUCAAGUACCGGGACGCUGUUGUUCACGUGAUGGAAGAGAAAAGUACAUAUGUUGAUGCUCAAGCAAAUAUCGAUGAGAUCAGUACGUCGCUGCAUCGUCAGCAGUACCUGAGUGCGCUUUCCUUCAUUUCGUUUUUGACGGUGAAGCGUCGUCAGGCCCGGUACCUGGUUUUGCGUCCAAAGAGAAUUCGGAUACAAGACAAUCCGAGAGCAUGGUGGAAAUAUGCAAUCAAUGCUGUAUUGUUGGAUGUUCGGGAGCGUUUGGCCCAUGUAGAUUGGGUAGCCUUCGAACAUGCACGACAGCGAAGAAAUCGGUAUAAACAAUUGUGUCUUGUGUUGGAACAUGGCACCACAUUUGCUGCCACACUCGUCCCGCCAGAAUUACGGUUGCUGUCGAAAGAAAUAGCACGCAAUGAGCUGGACGAGCUGGAAUUCGUCAUGGAUGUUCAAGAAUUGAUUAAGCUUCGCCAGGCCGUGCGGAAAGAAAUUGCCGACAAAGAGAAGGAGAAGCAAGUUCUGAGCAAGUUACAAAGCCAGCGCGAAAGUGAUGUACAACACUCGGUUCAAGGUUCUAGUAUUCCUGCUAGCUCGCGUCUUUGGUCGUACGCCACAUGGCUUACAGGUGCAGGAGGGCCAGCACAUGGUGGAUCUUCAGGUCAUGAUGCUGGAAGGGUACGCAUGGAGGACAUGAAAUGGAGUGAUCAAGACACCAAAGAUCUUUACGAGGCAAUUGAUUUUCAUCCCGAGGACGAUAAGGAAGAGAGUGCAGUAGACAGUGGGGAGAUUGAAGAUGCGGCUGUACAAAAGAAGCGCUUGCUACAAGAACGCCAGCAUAAUUUGUAUCGCUUCCAGCUUACCCUUUAUCGAGCGAGCUUCGGAAUUAGUCUUAAAGACGUUCCCGGUGAUUUCAGCAGUAUCCCUUUUCACGAUGGAGCUAGUAAAACGUUUUUUUCACAGACAGCCUCGUCAUCGUACUUGAUCGCUUCAUUGGAUGAUGUGGAGAUCCAGUUUUUGGUUCGCCCGUCAUGUUUGGACAUGGGCCUUCAAUUGCGUGAGGCAUUUUUCUGCCAGAGUCUCCGACCACUUCGACGGACCGUCCACGACAGACUAUUUCAAAGAAAGCGAUCAAUGAGCCCCCCUGGGACAGAUUUUUUCCUUCAGCGAAUGGACAUGGACGAAGUAGUAGAGUAUCAUCCAGUUGGAGUGCGAAACCAAAUGAGCAGCGUCCGGCUUCGUCAUUGCGAGAGAGAGCUUCCGCUGGUACAGCUCAACAUUAUAUCCGAGUAUCAGCACAAAAAUGAAACGGCUUCGGGCUCACAAAAAGGCAAUGAAGACGAUGAACUGGCCACAGCAGAUGUGACACCGCCAGCCCACUUGCUUCGGGUGUCUUUCAUAACACAGCCAAUCAAAUGCAACGUGAACAUGAUGUUUCUUCUCGAUGUAGUGGCUGUGUUCUCUCGUCCAGUAAACGUCGAUUUAUCCGGGCUAGAGCACAGUGCGUGGAGAAGAGCGCAAAGUUUGCAACGUUAUAGUACUGCUCAGCUGCGAGAUGCAUUGGCUCGAAGAACGACAGUCGAAAUGCGCUUGGAUGUGAUCUCUCCUCUGAUCAACAUCGCCCAGUCACCGUCAUCUGAGAUUAAUUCUUCUAGUGAUGACGGCGUGAGUCUGUUAGUAUUUCUUGGACAUCUGAAGGCACAAACGAAACAUCCGAGCAAUAUCUCUGACGGCAGUGAAAAAUGUGAUUUUGGCAAUUAUGAGAAUGAAACAAUCGCGAGCCGGAGAAAUGUUUUGACUCCGUCGGAGGAAAGUCUUUAUGACGUUCUCGAGAUCAGUAUCUCUGGCAUUGAAGUACAAGUUAUUGAUGGCUGGACCAGCACGAGUGGUAAAAGAGUGUUCCGACCUCGAUCUCACCCUAGCAAGAAGUCCGCGUGGCAUUAUCUGCUGGAAAAAACAUCUCUUACGUUUAGCUUUUACAUAAGCGUUACACCGGAUGACCCAAGUAUUCCUCUUAUCAAGUUAUUUGGCGGUGUCGACAACGUCAAUCUGAAUUUAUCCGCUACAAGUUUCCGCUCACUGAUGCAAUUGCUGCAUUCUUUUGGGGAAAACUACUCGAUUCAUACGCAACGUUGCAUGGAUAGAGACGCUGCUAUGACCGCUGACGCUACAAACCACCCCAUACGCAUUGGGCCCCUAGCAACAAGUACUUCACGACGUAGCAAGCCGAAACUCGUACGGAAGAUAUCAUCUCGCAUCAAGCCUGGGGGCGUUGCUCUGUCCAGUAGUGAUUCAGGUGGGCGAACUAAUGCUGCAUCUGAGAACAGCUCCUACAUGGGUUUUGCGCGAAAGAUUCAGCUCGAGCAACAGAAGACAUUUCAAGAAGAGGACAUUAAUGACAAUGACCUGCUUAAGUUGUGGAAACGCGUGGUUUGUCAGCUUCAAUUUGGAAUAGGUGAGAUCAUUCUCACGUUGCAAGUUCGAGAUCUAGAGAGCGGUUCGGGGAAAAUUGUACGAGCGCGUGCUGUUGAUAUUAACACACGAUUGGAAACGAGAACCUACGACAAGAGGGUGGAAUUUGCGCUUGGUUCGUUCUUGGUGGAAGAUAUUCUUCUCUUGCGGUCUUCACCGUCGUCGGAGGUGGUGGAAAAGAAGCGAUUGCUUGUGAAAUCUGGAAAUCACGAAGUGGUAACAGAACUGGAAGAGAAGUCAGAAGAGGGAGCAAUUUUGUCCGUUGAACCUCCACCUUCAUCUGAGCAGUUAAUUCGUGUGGUAAUUACGAGCAUCGCUUCCGACGCGGUAAUGUUGAAGGAUAAAAAAGUGUGGAAGCACGCUAGGCAUUCCCCACUCUCGUUGUCUUUUGGCAAGAACUCUGUUUGGCAGGAUCCACUUAUCACUACUCUUUCGAUUGAUGCUAGCUUGCGCGUACUAACAAUUGAUGUUUACCAAGACACGCUUGCGGAGGUCUUCGUGUUCUUUUUCCAGCGCAGUAAGGAAGAAGUAAGUAUUCAGGAGCAGACACCACCGCCACCGCCUCCGUCAUUGCGAAGCAUCAGUGAAGGGAGUACAGCAAGCAAACAUAGACUGGCUAUGGACAUGGAGGAGCAAUCUGUCCUGUCUUCGGUGGAUAGCGAAGCUAAUGGAGAUACAUUCUCGAGGAAAUUAGGCGUGUGGCUCUUGGACAACCACACAGCUGCCGGCUGUGAAAAUGAAAAUGAGCAAGAGGCAGCAGGAAAUGAUAGAUGCGUUGAUGUUGAGGAAAACCUGCCGGCCUUGACGCAGUUCCGUCUCCAUGUCGAAGGUUUGUCAUUGUUUCUCCACUUGGAUGAUAAACAAAAACCAGACGGGAUGCCAUCAGCUUUCGCUACUCUGAUAGCGCAGCAGUUUUGCUGCUGCAUACAGCGGUUUCCACGCUACUUGAGCAUGUUUGCAUCCCUGACUUCAUUGAAGAUUUGUGAUGUAUCGCUGGUAGACCGACAUCUCAGUGAGAUUGUAUCCCAUAAAAGCACAUCCACUGAACCCGACGAAGACAGACCGUGGAUUAAUCGUAAUGCUGCUUGCGAAUAUGACGGUGAUAUUGCGGUGGGUCAUGUUCCAACACUUGGCGAAAUUCUUAAUCUGCUCAAUGAUGUGCCUGCAGUAUUUUCGUGCGCUGCGCAGUUUUACGGGGCGGACUCUAUCCAAGAAGUAUGGCAUCCAGGUUACAGUAGCCGGUGUUCUUUGCGUCUCAAAUCACCGCGGAUCCGUUUUCUCUACAGUUUCGUUGACGACAUGCGCAAUUACUGGAUGAAGGGUGCUCUGUUGCAGACAGUUAUGUCCAUCUUGUCUCGCGAGCAGGCUGAUACACUUUGGGAGGGCGAUUUUCAGCUUGCCGAUAUUCAAGAUGACUUAGUAGAACCCCAGAUGGAUGAAAAGAAAGGAGAUGCCGAAGAAAAAGCAUCUUCGAGUAAGUACUUGGGCUCUGAUAUUGUGUCGAUGUUUCCGCUCGUCGAUAUUCGCCUGGAAGAUGCCAUUCUGGAGAUGCCCCCUCAUCGUAUGUCAUCGGAAUCACUUUUUCUCCGGUUUGACACUUUCCGAGCAUCUAACGAAGAUGUCGUUAACAGCUUUCUGGGUAUGGAAAACCGCAUCGUAGCAAAAGUGCUUUUGAACUCUUCGUUGAAGCAGCUGCAACUCGAUAUGAAGGCACUUCGAAUUGUGUCAAAUAUACUUGUGGAUCGCAGUGAUAUAGGAAACGGCGGAUUUGUUAAGCAAAGUCUGCUAGAACCUACGAACCUGUUAUUGUCCGUGGAUUUCCGCUCACAUGCUGACCUAAAGUUGAGAAUGAGUUGUAGCCCUGUUCGCUCAUUCUGCAACCAGGAACAAUACGCCUUUGUGUUGCGAGUACCAUUCCAAAACUACCGUGAACGGACCCGGUACCAUUUUUUGCAAGCGGCUGCAGCACCAGCAAAAGUGGUAGCACUUAUUUCAUCUCAACGUUUCUCUUUAUCUCGUAGUUUCGAUGGAUCCUCUUCUUCUGGAAAGCCCGUGGAACACGGUGAUGAAGCAAGCAACGGAACGAGUGCGUCCGAGGCUCCUGAUGUUACAGACGAGUGCCAUGUCAUGCUCGAUAUCCGUAUUCCAGAAGUUGCGCUAGAAAUAUUGCAGGGGCAACACGGAUAUCACCCCUCGAGUAGUGAGAAUCUCGACGUGGCCGAGAAGGGAAAAACGCACGAAGGCUCAAUUUGCGUACUAACUUUCUCUGUGUUAUUAGGAUGUGCUGAUUACAAUCUAGCUAAUGGAAGGCUAACGGCAGGCAUUGAUCUAGAGGGCGUUCACAUUCUAGACUCGCGAGUGACCUCAAAGAUGUCGACUUCGUACCGCGAUGUUGUCGUGCUUGAGCGGUGCAAAGAAGGUUUGCCGAAAGCAAUUAAAAUUCAAUUUGGGUGCGAAAGCUACGACGUGGAUGUAUCGACAGUAGAUUUCGACCCAGCCUUCACAACCCAAGGAAAUGGUUCGCGAACUCCCAGGACGCAAUUUCGGAGCGUCUCGUCUAGAGCCUUCGUGGGGUUGUUCGGAUCGGAGCUCUCGCUAAAACGAACCGAUUCUGAAAUUUCUGCCUAUUCAUCACUGUCUUCAACGGCAACAAGCCAUAACAGAGAGAAGAAACCGCCUCCAGUGGUAGGAGUAGAAAGAAGAAUGGAUUUGGUGAUUGAUGUAGCUGGGUUCAAGGUUAUCCCGUCAAACAUUUACUACGACGUGGUUCACUUCUUGACAAUAUCUCCCGAUUGGAAAGCAGAAGACAUGAACUUUGUAAGUAGUCAAGACACUGAUGCAAAUGGAACUACAGGACCAGAAGAAGCAACCGUGUCGCCAGCAUAUCGGCGAAUAGGUUUGAAGCUGAAUGUAGGCCCGUCCUCGUUACUGUUAGUGGAGGAUCCUUACAAGCUCAAAUCUCGAGCAUUGAUGCUUUCAUGGGAGUCAUCAGUCAUCAUCAAUUAUCUUCAGCAAACAAAUGAGGACGAAUGCCCUGACAUCGAAGACGUAGGCAAGAAAUCUCCGGCACACAGCCAAAAUCAGUUGCAGAUUUGCGUUGCUCUCGAAAACAUUCACGCAACUUCGCGAUUGUCCGAGGAGAGCGUAUGGGCGGCUGAGCAAGCAGCAACAGCGGCAUCUGCCGAUUGCUUGAAACCUAUUGAUAUGGAGACUGUUAUACAGAUGGAUCUGCGCUCCCGCUUUCUCCGCUUUCGAACAACGUUCAACCGCGUCAUGGAACUCCGCUUCGGGUACUUGGAUUUCUGCACGAUGCUAGCAGCUCUCGAGCAUAUUUUGCGUCGCCCAUCAAUUACCACAACAUCAAUAGCGGGGGAUCAAAAAGGGCGGUCAAUGUCUAGUUCAUCAAUUUCUUCUCUUUCUGGUGGGGGUGUUGAGAGCGAGACUUCGUCUUGGAGUGGACGUCGACGCGCCCAGUUAUCUUCGCGCUCGAGCAUCGCGGUAUCCAGCUCGAAGAGAAGUGAGCGACAGCGCGCAGCUGCUCUCUACGGAACUUCUUUGAUUUAUUUGGUAUCAGCAAGUUUUCGCGGACGUUUGGAGACGCGACCAGUGGUUGGAUUUUAUAAUUCAACAUGGCGCAAACGGUACCUUGUCUUGCCAUACACAGCGCAGCAGCGUCAACUGGUUCAAAGUGUGGCGUUUCGAAUUUUGCCAGCACCUGAAAGUCGACGGCAAAUUGGCGACGAGAUUUACUACGGUGACAGAAUAGUCUUGGAAGCUGUUGUUGAUACAAAGCAAGACGACAAAGAGAAUACCUCAAAAGACACGUCGCUCCCUAACGAAGAAGGAGUCGACUCUGUACUUACUGCGGAAGAGGACGAAGAGAAGCUAGUACGAGAGUCAAUUUUAAUCCGAAAGUACGAUCAACUUGGUGCUAUAGGAUAUCUAGGCCCAGAAGGGUCAGCUGGAGCUUUCGAAACUACAAUUUGGAAACAUGGAAGCACAAUGUUUAACUCGGACAAGAGUGUAAUCUACGACCGAGAGCUUAUCGUGUUUGAGGAACUCACGAUAUAUCGUUCGUUCAGCAAAGGUAAAACGUUCGGUGCGGCAACUGAUGCUGACGCUGGUCAACAAAUGGAUUUUAACUCUUCUCGAUCAGGACCCCAAGCGGAGGGUGCGCAUACGGUAGACACAACAAGUGCGCGAGGAGGCGGGUAUCUGAUGUUCAAUGGUGUUGGCGAUGCACCAAUUCCAUUUGCACUAUCUAUUGUAUCAAGCCGAUCUAGGUCUGGAUCUCCGCAGCGCGACGAAAAGAGUGUCGCUGAUGUGGAUGAUGCUAAUGCAGUCUGUGAAACUUCUGUUUCGGCUGUUGCUACUCCAAACACUGCAGAAACUUGUGAUAAGACUCCUGCGACCCCGGCAAGAAAGAAGAGAAAAAAUCGCAAGUCGCUCUUUGCGUAUGCCUCAUUCCUUGAGAAUUUAAAGAUACUCGAGUUCACGCUUCCAGGAGUGAAUGCGACGAUCGUGAAUGAUUUUCAUAACAUGCUUUUGCCACUGCUCCAUUUCCGUGUGGCGACGUUACAUGCAGACGUUCGUGGAAGGCUGGAAAAUAAGUUCACAGUACUAACGAGCUUGCGUUUUGGCAUUCAAGCGUAUAACUCCCAACUGGCUGUUUGGGAACCUGUACUAGAAGACUUCGAGGUGAACAUGGCGUAUCAUGGAAUGGGUGGUGUAUUGUGCGACUAUUGCAUGUCGGAGAGACAAUCAGUUUCUCCUACGGGUGCUGCACUGCGGUGCGAUGGGAUGCCACUAUGUCUCUUCCGCUCUUCACGGACCGAGGUGCUUACAAAUGCUGCCGCGCAUUCGUGGGAAUCCAAGAAUUUCAUUUAUCGUGAGCUAUUGGAACAACCUGACGUUCAAGACGGUGCCAAGUUGGCAAACACCUUCAUGAUCGUGGUGAAAGACGACUUCAAUAUCAACGUUUCACGAAAUGUGAUUAAUGUGCUAGUGCACUUCUUUGCAUUGGUGACGAAAGUAACAGCAGCCGAUGAGGCCUUAUCAUCACGUCUCGGUCCAUUCAUUUAUGUGGACAACCAGUCCGGAAUUCCGUUUGUCGUCGCGACGCACCCGUCAUCAUCCGCUGGUGCAUCAGCCACAGCAUGGGGAACCCCGUCUUCUUCUCGGAGGCCCACGGGCUCGAUUGAAAUGCCUACUGACGUUCCGGGUGCUGACGCCAACGAUGAAAUCAUGAAAGCAGGGACGGCAAUGUUUAACAGUACUGCUUGGAGCCGUCGCCGAUUAUCUACGAUGCUGAACGACAUUUCUUCUUCCGAUACCAAGUGGAUCCGAGUCGAGAGUGGAGAACGAAUUGCGACUGAAAUUGUUGCACACGAAGCACCGGCAGGGUGUGUAACGUCGCCACUGCGUCGCUUGCUAUGGUUGAAGCCACAGUCUCACCUACAAGGGACAACUUCUUCCAAGGCGAUUCCUGUGCCGAUUGGAUAUUCAAAUCGAAGCUAUCUUCAUCUAGAAAGCGGCUGCAAACAACGCGAUUCAUGGCAUGGGGAAAACAUUAUAUGUGAGACAGUCGCGGAACAGGGCACACUUGUAUUACGACUUCGAGGAAAGGUGCAACUGACGAAUUUCUUUAGCGUUCCGAUUCAAGUUAUCUACAACGAUCAGCGGGAGGAUACAAUCGAGCCUGGCGGUAUGGCGGCUCAUUACAUCCCCAUUCAGUAUCUUGAGUCAGGGUCCAUUGCAUUUCGCCCCCUGCUGUCGAACGGAAAGGUCCAAUGCUCAGAUGCCCUUUCCAUCGCAUCGCUGUUGCGUUCGAAUGACUUCAAAACUCGCGCUCGAUCAAAUCGCCGGCAGAAUGUAGGUUCUCUUGAGCUACGCAAGGCAUUGACUUUUUACUGGGAUGUCCAUCCAAGCACAGGAGUAGAAGAUCCCGCAGAUUUCACAUUUGAUGUGUCGUUACCACCGCUUCAAGUGAUCCUUACCGCACUGCGAAAGUCAGAACGUCACGAGACAACGAUAACUUUACGACCGCCUAUUGUUUUGGAGAACCUAGUGCCCUAUGAGCUGUCGUAUCGUACCGUUUGCAUGAAAUCGGAAGCCGAGGUUGUGUGGGUAGCCAAAAAUGCAGCUUCCUUUUCGGGCACAAACGGGAAGGUGCCGUCUGGAAGCUCUGCUUGUGUUGCAGAACUCGAUAUAUUGGAGCGAGAUCAGGACAACGGAGAGAUUGUGCAGACACCAACAGUUGUUGGAUUGAGCCUUGCAUUGCCACAGAUCGAAUUGCGGAGAUUCUCACGUUGGUCAAGGAACACGUUUAUUUACGGCUGUCAAUCAUUUUGCGAGCAAAUCGAAUUGAAUAUGCGCGACGAUUGCGAGUUGGAAGCUCCUACACUUGCGAACAAACUAACGAUCUGUGUCGAGAUCACACAACUAGAAAAAUUACGGUCAAGAUCUUUGAAUAAGCUGUGUCCGGUUGUGUGCCGAGUGUUCACGGAAUACUGGCUGAUCGACCGAACGUCGCUAUCACUUGCGUUCUAUACUGCAGACGAUUAUCUUAUCCCGUCCAACCACCCAAGCCGACUGUAUGACGAUAAAGGUGACGCUGACGAUGGAUCUUCUGCCGUGUCGCUCUCGGUGUUCUCGUGUGAGAGCAAGCAAGUCGUUUCAAAAAUGAAAAUCGGCAUUAAGGGCGCCGUAGGCGAGCGUGAAGUGCAAUCUGAGCCAUUUGACAUCAGUGCUGUGGGAGUACGUGGCCAGAUUCUUGUGCCAACCAAUCGGUCUCGUGAUGCUCGGUCUCUGCUUUCUACGAUCGCAGAAUUUGGAGCUCCCCCAGAUGGGCAAAAAUCGACUUAUAAACAGUAUGAGUUUGGCGUGAUGAUCGAGCAAGGCCCGGAAAAGUUUUCACGAUCACGUGUUGUGACACUUGUUCCACGAUACUAUUUUGUUAACACUUCCAGCAUGUUUGGGAUACAUGUUCGGCAGGAGCGUUCGACGGACCCGAAUGCAGUGAUUGUGCUUCAACCAAAAGAAACCAAGAUCUUUCAUUGGAGUGAUUCGCGGUUGCCACUGCGGGUCCAGAUUUGUUUUGUGCUACCUGACAAGCGUCAUGACGCAGACGACACUGUCUCGUUUGCUAGUUCGUCGCAAUGGAGCGCGCCAUUCGAGCUUUCGGGGAUCUCUAAACACAAGCAAACUGAAGAAGCCGAAGAAGCAAGCAUGUUUUUCGAUGUGGAAGACGAGAACAGUGACGCAGAUCGGAUGCUUACUGAGGGACUUCAACUAAACGUGGCGGUCGAACUUCACGAUCCUUCCUUUUUGGUGUAUUUAGAAGAGGGGAGUCCUUCGGCUCACUUUGCGCCACCGUCAUCGUAUGCAUACGAAGAUAACGAUCGAGAACAUACACUGACCGUUAAGCAGAAAGACAACGAAGGCUUUGUGCCGUUCAAGAUCAAGAACGCGUGCAGCAACUUAGCGCUAAUUGUGUGGCAGAAAACACUUGUGAAAGACGACAAGGGGAACAUGACGGUCGGCUUUGAGGGCGGAGAGCCCGUGCUUCCGUUCCAUUCGGUCGACUAUGUGCCAUUCCGCUUCUCUGCGUUUCCGACUGUGUUUGUGCAGGUACAGAAAGUGGCAGGAUUGGGUAUUGGUGCACUGCGGAAAGAGCAUAGAGUACGCGGUCGUCACUCUGAUAAGGUGAAAUCAAAGUCCCUAUCGCAAAAAGGAGACAAUGACCCACCAAUUACUGCUCUCUCUCGAGCAGCAACUAUGGGCCAAGCCCAAGUGGUUGCAAGUUUUGAGGUGCAACUGAAAAAUCUCCAGUGUCUACCGACGAUUGACGUGUCUGAGGGUGUAACAAAGAAACGAUUAUGGGCUGAAGUGUUGCUGGAUGAAACGACAAAAACCUUACUGGUAACAGACAUGCUACCUGGUUUCUCUGGUGAGCAUAAACGGCGAAGGCGAGCAACUCUUCUUCGAAGCUGGAAACGCUACAAUACAUCAAUCGUCUUUAUUUCGCGUGUACUUUCGGCGCACGCAGCUCAUAGGACGGAUGGAUCAGAUGACAACAUGGUACAGAAGAUACUUGCAAAGAAAAAGCGUGUGCGUUUCGCGCCAGACGUGACGUCAGUGAAGGGAAAGCUCGAUGUUGACAAAGAUGGAAUAUCGGGAGCACCGAAACAAGGUGAUGAAGCUGACACUAUCACGUCAUCAGUUGUAGAAGAAAACGAGGUGGAAGCACUGGCGCUCUGUGUUCGGCUUGUAGAUGCUACCCAUUUAGAAGAAGUGUUUCUCCAAGCUGGACGUAGUGAUUUGACAUCGUGUCGGCCGUUCAUUACAUUUUCUUUGAAGACCGAAAAGGAAGAAGCUCGGACAAAACUAACUCCUCAGGCUACGACAGUGUUUCCACGUUGGCUUCCGGCACCUAAUUCGAGGGCGAUGUUGAGUGCUUUGAUGUUAAGUGAUGAUGACGAUGAAAAACAAGAGACAUCCAAUCACGAAUUUGGCACUAACGCAGAGAUAAUUGUGGAGAUACGAGAAGCAGAUAAAAUUCUCUUUGGCUCUUCUGUCAUUGCAAUCGCACGUAUUCCUUUGCAUGAGUACUGCGCUGCUGCUAUGAUCUCAGCUAGAAAUGAUGCCAAUCACAAGACGCCAGUGGUAGAGUUUCUUGCACCUGUGCACGUGACUCGAAAUAGUGGGAGAUGGUCUCGCUCCUUAGAAAACGAAACGCGAAUCCGUUUCCAAAUGUGCUGCCAACGAACGUUCGCGACUCGACGUGCUGUUGCUGAGUCUAGUGGAGAAGGCAGAGAUGAUCUCGACAUAGUGAAAGAGUUGCAGGAUAUACUGUCCGCAUACCAGCUAAAGAGGGAAUUAGAUGUGCUAAUGAGUUCCAAGUCACAGCUAAAGCUUCUGCUGGAGCACGAAUCAGUGGAUACUUCAACCAGUGGCACCAAUAUUCCAGCAGCAUUGCGGUCAGUGCCGGAUUGUUCGCUAGAUGAGAAAAAGAAGUCCACCCUUACAAAUUUCGUUACUCACUCUGCUGGUACAGACGAUGAUUCCACCGGGGUUCGUAGUCGAAGUACGAACUCAGUAAAAGGAUCAGCUGUCUCAGCGACUACGGAUGAAUCCGUGAGCGACGGCACGUAUGAAGAAAUGAACGACGAAAAACGUUUGACCGCAGUUCUUAUCGGUGUGUCGAAUCUCCAAAUUCCCACCGAGGUUAUUCGGAGUAACUUUAAGCACACACAUGGAACAACCAGGCAUUUAGAGCCUAAAGUAUAUUGUACCAUUACGUACCAAGAAUCAACACGAUCAGCUCUGUCAGCGGUUGCUAAGUCUUCGGACACAACAUCAUCAGCAGAGCAGAACAAGUCUGAUGAAAAUGGACCAACGUCGCCAAGAAAGGUAUCAACGACAGGCUCAACAGGCAACCAUGCCCAUCUGCAACAAGUUCGCACUCAUGAGUUCCAGCGAGGCCAGAUACUAGGACUUGAUCUCGUCCAUCGAAACGGUCGUGUGAUCGUUCAAGGUGUCGUAUGUGACGGACCUUGCGGAACUCUUGUUUAUGAAGGCAAGAUCCGUAUUGGCGACACGGUGGUCGCAGCUAACGGCAAAUCUAUUGUAAAUCUCCAUCGCGACGCAUCGUUUGCGGUGAUUGAGAAGGCUAUGCAUUGGGGCGAGGGCGUUGGAGGUCAAAAUGACGAACAAGCUUCAGGAUCAACAUUUACGCUAUCGUUUUUGUACCAGCCUCCUACGACAGAGCGUAUGACGUUUAGUAACACGGGACCUCCAUGUGCACAGACAACAGAUGAAGAAAUCGGUCUCCGAAAGUAUGAUACUGAGUGGAAUCGACGUGUGGAAUUUGCUGAAACAACCAAUACUCAACCGGCUGCAGGAUCUGACGAUGAACAGGUACAUGUGCGCGUAUACUUGCGUAACGAGACAUCAGAUCAUGGUCUUUCAGCCUCACAGGAGUCAAGUAUUGUGCCGUUUCUGUAUUUCUUUGGUGACGAUGCUAUGAUGGAUCAUCUUGAUCACAGCAAACAAGACUCGCGGUUUGACGUGCUACUAGCAGAAUGCUGGGUACCGUUACCGCCGUCUUCUCUCUCUGACGCACGAAAUCUUUUGUCAUUAGAUGGAAAUCCGAUGGCAGAACCAUCCGCGCUCACAUUUAAUGAGAGAAUUUGUGCGCUAUACUCGCCACAGCAACGCUCGCACCAACACUCGGCACUAGAAAUAAUUGGUCAACUGCGGCUCGCCUUGAAGUGGGAUUUCAUUAACCCGCUCCGGGCCGCUCAUCAACAAGGGGAUUUGAGUCUUCAUUUCCAGCUAGAAGUGGCACGUAUCUGCAUCUCGGUUGUUGAUGAUGGCGCGUGGAGUGCGGUGGCUUCAGCAAGUGGUCCCCAACAGCCAGAGGAGGUACUCUGUAUUUCACUCUCAGACCAAAAUGCGUCAGCAGGUAUUCAACUGAGCUACGCCCAGAUCUCGGAUGGAAAGAAAGUGAUUAAUGCCCGCGUUGGGCAUUUUCAGAUCGACAACCAACUUCUAGACACAAACUAUCCGGUGUUGCUUCGUCCAAUACGCCUGCUCGAUGCGCAAAUGCAGGAAGAAGGCUACACACUGGCGCGUGAUAAAGGAAGAAAGACAAAUACUGAAGCAGAGGGCCAAAUACUGUUGCCGACUGUACAGCUGAUGGCAGUCUUAAGCCGUCAACAGAAUGUGAUCCAGUUCGACUACAUUUUUGGUCAGCUUCAAGAGUUGGAAAUCAAGCUAGAAGACGCGACGCUUGUCGCAUUGGCCCAUGUAUUUUCUGGAGUAGAAUGGUCACAUACUGCACAAAAUACACACACAAGCAAGCGAAAGAAGCGCUCUGGUGACGAGUUUGGCUCCAACUUGGCGCUAAAGCUGUUAGAAAUUGAAUGGUCUACGCCCACCUUGCUGUCCACUGCUGCAAGCGGGAGCUUGGGCGGUUCAAGAAGUGGUGGGGGAGCGAACAUGAAGGUGCUUCUGCGAUGGCUUUUGCUGUGCCCUGUAAAGGUCAAUGUGACGUUUACAAGCACUGCAGAUCGAUCGCUACUGCUGUCACUGCUGUCGCCGGACAUGUCGUCUGUUCUGAGUACGCUGAUCAGUGCAGCAGCGACGCUAGUUUCGAACCUGGACCAGGCACCCAUCCGAAUACCGGAGUUUUACGUUGAAAAUCUGCUGGAGACAACACACACGCUGGCAUUCUAUGCCAUGCAGCACUAUAUACACCAUGGUUUGCGCAGUUGGUACAGCAUCAUGGGCUCUGUGGACUUUUUGGGAAAUCCCAUUGGCCUUGUAAGCACGUUGGGUACCGGUGUAAAGGACUUCUUUUACACGCCAGCGCAAAUGUUACUCGAGAACGAAAACGGCCUAAGAAUCGAUAGUUUGCGAACUGGCAUGACGAAGGGCUCGAAAAGUUUAUUGCGAAACACGGCCGUAGGUAUCUUCCACACAACUGGCAAAAUCACCGAGACGCUUGGCAAGGGUAUUGCAUUGUUGGCGAUGGAUGAGCAGUACAAUGUUCAACGACAGCGUGCGUCAACGCGACAGAUCAAGAAAAUUAACGACCUCGGCGACGCAAUCGCAGAAGGUAGUAGAGGGCUGAUGGGAGGUGUUUGGGAUGGAAUCAAAGGUGUUGUCGCUGCACCUGUGCGUGGUGCGGAACAAGACGGCGCGGGUGGAUUUGUAGUUGGUAUCGGCAAGGGCGUCGCGGGUUUGAUUGUGAAACCUACAGCCGGUUUCUUGGACUUGCUUACCAGUCUUUCACGAGGAGCGAAAACAAGCGCAGAGUCGUUGGACGGCACCGACCGCAAUGCGUUCGAUGCAAUCACACGCUUCCGACUACCGCGUCGUAUCUGCUCGGAUGGUGUCCUUGUGUCCUAUUCUGAGCGAGAGGCCCGAGGAUAUGCGGUAUUGCUGCUGACAUCGCUGGAUGCCACGGAUGAUUAUGUGUAUCAUGUGGAUUACGGUAUUGAGCCACACCGUGGGCUCUUGUUGCUUACAGAUAAGCGUCUUAUUUGUCUAAGCGGCAAGACAGGACAAAAAUUAUGGGAGGUUGCGCUUGACUCGACGCUGGAGAUCGUUGUUGAAGACGCUACGCUCAAGAUCGGUCAAACUGCGUCUCCAUUUCGGUCAUACAGCAUCGAAUGCGACAGUGACGUGGCAGCGACUAACUUCCGAGUAGCUGUGGACUCAGCACGAGUCGAUGUAUCGGCGACACGAUAUCUGCUUUUAAAUCUUGAAAAGAGCCAGAAGGAGUCUCGGAUUGCUAGCGGCGGGCGUUUCGGUAGCGGGGCUACAGGACUGUACAACAAUGAGGAAGACCGCACGGAUCUGCACGUGCUCAUGGAAAACGUUCAAGACACUACAGUGUCUGGAGUCUCGAAUGAUGACCUCCGAUCGCAGCCUCUACGCUCUGUGCGUGUUGAAGUGUGUCAUCUACAGAACAAGGAUGCCCAUGCCAAUGUUCCAGACCGUGCGAUCGACAAGUUGCUGUCCUUCAGCGUGUUCCAAAUUCAAGUGUACGGAGGCCCUUAUCAGUGGACGGUGUUUCGUCGGUUCAGUGAGUUCCGGGAAUUGUGUGCAGAGCUGGAGGGUGCAGGAUGUGUCUUGGAUGGUCUUCCGCCACUACCGCCGCGAACCUUUCUUCCAAGCACGAGAGGUCCAGUAGCAAAGCAUCGACAAGAAGCGCUGAAUUUGUUCCUACAAGCGGCCAUCAUGCAUUCAGCCAUCAGUCGAAAUGCAGCUAUGCUCGACUUCCUCACACGCGGAGCCCGUGAAGUCCGUGUAAGUCUUCCUCCUCUAUCACCGACAGGUGAAAGGGAAGCGUCCCAGCGUGCUGGAGAUUCACCAUGA